UUAUUCUAACAGGUAGUUUAAAAACCUAACAGGUCAACAGCAGCAGCAAGACAGUAACUAACACAGCGGUUAUCCUGCGAGGAGCGCGGUCUGAACGACGACGUUUCUUUAACAGCAUUUUGUGUCUGGAUAUGCCCGGACGCCGCUCUCCAGCAUGCUGAGCAGGAAGGCGUCUUGUGCGGGGAUGAUGAGUGCUGCAGCCGGAGGAGACCGCAGCAGAGUCGGGGAAAGGCUGCAGGCUGCUCUGGCCGGGCUGCAGGAGCUGCAUCUGCUGAAGGACAGACAGAGCGACAUGGUGAGCUGGGCACUGAGGGUGGACCGAGAGGAGCCGGUCACUUCUGUCCACGUAGGCCCGGAGGGUCCCAGGAUGAUGGGGGCUGAGGAACAGCGGCUGGAGGCGACCCUGACAGCCUUGAAGCAACAGCUGUCUCGUCUUCGGAAACAGGACGUAGGCCUGAAGACUCACUUGCAGCAGCUGGACCAACAGAUCAGUGAACUGAAGCUGGAUGUGAGCAAGGCCUCCACAGAGCAGCUGGAGAGUGACAGCAGGCCAAGUUCAGGUUUCUAUGAGCUCAGUGAUGGUGGCUCUUGCUCGUUGUCCACCUCCUGCACCUCUGUGUACAGCGAGUGUCUGUCAUCCUCUCAGACAAGCCUUCUUCUCCUUCCCAUGAGCCCUGCUAAUUCCCACAUUACCCCUCCAUCACAAGUUGAUGUAUGCCGCCGGCGUUCCGCUGAUGAGAGCACUACCCAGCCCAACCCUCCGCGGGCUACAGGCCUCCAUCUUGGCAGCAGCAGGAUUCGAGCAAGCACUACUGGCACUGAAAAGGCACGACCAAGACCUGUGUCAACAGGUGAUCUUGAUAGGAUGAUGGCUCAAGGGCUUGGCUACUACAAAUCUGUGGAUGCAAGGAAACCCUCAAUCUGCACAAAUGUGAAAACCUCCAUAGUGGACCCCAAGUUCCAGAGCAACCUGGUGUCCCGCAGUGGAACUGAAGUUUACCACUACCCCAGUCCCCUGCACGCUGUGGCUCUCCAGAGCCCAAUCUUUUCCCAUGGGGGCGACCCAGCCACACCUGGACUACUAGAGGCCCAAAGACACCAAACUAACGGUUCUGACACCCUCCAGAGGGCACAGAUGAGUUAUGAGACCAAGACCCUGGGUUACAUUGACAAGCUCCUCCUGCGCAGCUUGAGCAAAAUCCAGAGUGAAAUGGCCACAGAGACUCUGCAGACACACAAUAAAUGUCACGGGAAGCCCACUGAAGUUGUAACUGUGUUUCCCGAAGUGUCACAGAAAGAGGUGUCUGUGCUGCAGCCUCUUCCAGCCCAGACCACAAACAUCAUCCCACUAGAUAGCGACCAGAAGAGACACUGCAUGACAUACUCCAGCCAAGAGCUAGCUGAUAACACAAACCACAAACAGUCAGUGAGAGCCCCCGAGGUUUCAUACCGAUACUCCUAUCCUGCUGCCAUGAUGGAGUACAGCUCUGACGAGGUCACCACUUCAUCCCUGAAGAAGAAUGAUAAAUCCCAAGGAGAAUGUGGGAGUGUAGCAAGAAGCAAUUCAGAAAAAAGAUGUGGGGAUAAUUCAGAGACAAGGCCACAAGAGAGGAUGGGCCAUAAGCAAAGAUUGGUGAUGGCCCACAGCUCCAGCACAGAGGAGAGUCAAGGCUUUGAGGUUCACACUGGUCACGCAGCUUCCCCUGAGUUUGUCCAUGCUAAAUUUGUCCCUGCUGGAUCUCAGAGGGUCAAGGUGAGACAGGCAGAUCGUAAAACCAAAGCCGUGAAACUGAGAAAAAAAAGCAGCGAGAAGCCUCGAGUCAUGAGGCAGCAACAUGGCCACUCCUCCGGUGAAAGGACCAGAGAGGCCAGUUUUGGAACCAAGGGAGAUCAGAAAAGAUCAGGAAAAGGAAAAGUGACCCAGAAAUUUACCACCUGUCACGCAGAGGAGCGCAGACAGGGCUCAGGCUCAGACUCCAGCCACUGCAGCCCGGGACUCAUGUACACCCACAAGGUCCAUAAUAAGCCACAUCCCAUCCCUGCUGUUACGAAGUCCGGCAAAAGCCGCAGACUGCAGAGCCUGGAGUAUGAGCAGCCUGUAGAGCAGAGGAAGAGGAGGCAGGGGGCUGCCAAAGGGCUGUCCGAUGUGGAGAUGUUCCAGGCCGUAUGUGCUCAGCGUCAGAGGUCAAAAGAGCCUCAUGGUCAGGCACCAGGGAGCAUGCAGAUGGGCCGCAGUAUGAGUGCCAAGCCAGGUCAGUGGAUAGGACCUCCUCGCUCCUUCCAAUCCUCCAUGUCCACUAACUCUUUCUUCCACAAUCUUAAUGCUAGAUACCCUCCAGCACCCUACCAUAACCACUACCCACCCAGAUGCGAGUCUGAGUACUCGGCCGAAUGCGCCUCACUGUUUCACUCCACCAUCGCUGAAAGCAGUGAGGGGGAGAUGAGUGAUAACACCACCAACCGCUUUGGAGAUAGCGAGUCCAGCCAGAGCUUCCAGUCCAUCUCGGACUCCGACAGCAGCCUGUCCCUGGACGAGGAGGACCAGGUGGACAGCCACGAGGACGAGAGAGGUCUCGUGUGGGCUGAGGCUGCUCUGGGACCCACCGCCGCUGGACACCCCCUCCAGCAGCUCCCACGCCCCGAGCCAUCAGCCUGCCGCAUCAAAGCUUCCCGGGCCCUGAAGAAGAAGAUUCGUCGGUUCCAGCCUGCCUCCCUGAAGGUCAUGACCCUGGUGUAGCAAAGUUCCCCCGGGCAGAACGAGAACUGUUGGGAGAGAGCUUUGGGAAAUGCUUUCAAAACUGUUUGGAAAGAGUUCACCUGGUCUUUCAGCACAACACCCUUAAUCAUCACUGAGUACCAGCAAGUAAACUGGACUGCAUUUGUGCACUGAUUGUUUUGUUAAAACAAAAAAAAAUGUAGAAUUUACAAUGGUUGAACCCAAAGCUGUACAAAAUGGUGCAUUGCAUAAAAGCAUGUAUAACACCAUUAUUACACAUACUUAAUUUGUAAAUAUUUAUGUUGUUGUAAUUAAAGUUUCUCAUAGCAUGUGGCUGCAUUUGACAAUUUCUUGGACAUUUCUGUCAUAUAAUCUUAUACCUGAGAAAUAAAAUCAAUCUUCUCAA